AUGUCAACAGCCGCGAGCAUCGCUAUCCGUCGCACGCUCGGCCAAUCCGUGGCCCAAACCCGCGCUCAGCGGCGCUGGGCACGUGUCCACGAUGUCCGCUUCGUCACGACGCACCGGGAUCAAGAGCGCAUUCUAGACCGGUACCGAGAAAAGCUGGAGCAGAAGGCGAAACAAGAGGGCCUCGACUCCGUGUCUUCGUUGAAAGAGGCGUACAAGGAUAAAAUCCAAGAGUACAAGCGAGCGGCGUCGACCCUGCCACCAGGAGCGAAACUACCUUCUUCAGUUACAACUCCUGCCUCAGCGCCAACGAGCUCGACUCCGUCUUCCUCGUCGCAGGCAACGAAGCACUCUCCGUUCCAGCAGCCUCCGCCUCCGCCGCCCACCGCUCAGCCUAUACACGCGAAAGGUCCUGAUCACAAUUCUAUGGGAAUCAAGCCCUUGUCUUCAUACCUUGAUCUAGAGAAAGUGGCCGCCUUGUCAAACAAAGAGGUGGAAUAUAUAUGGAGGCUUCGACAUGCGAACGACCCGCGUUCGCUCUGCGCUGUCAUUCCGCUCGAGACAUAUAAUCGAAUCUACCGCACAGCCAGAACGCAUCCCCAAUUCGUCCUCCCUCUUCCUCGCCCGACUGCUGAUGAUGGAAGCGGUGAUGUGAAGCAGUCACCCCAUGGUUUUGAGGGAGGCGAGCGGACUGCCGCAGACAUCCAUUUCCUGCAAUGGGGGUUCCAUCCACCAGCAGGCGCACCGCGGAGUCCUGCUCUCAAUACUGCCAACACGCACACAAGCACAGUCAUCUUCACGCAUUUGGCUGCGUUUAAACUUCAUGGGUCGUAUGCCCAGCCCCAUACAACCGUCACUCACCACCUCGACCUGGCCGAUUCACAUGGGCUUGUCCUGCUGAAUGGAUCUGUUGUUGACGGACGUGGAGUCAGCGUCGAAGAAGGCAGGUGGCUGUUGAUGUGCCUGCAAAGGUUCUAUGAUGCCGAAGGCCACGGCGGAGGCAUCGGUCGUGACAAGCGGCAAGGAUUGUUGGAGAAGUUUAGCAAAGGAGACCAGGGCUUCAAUCUGGAAGAACUGGUUGACGAAGCUGAAAGAAUCUCAUGA